AUGCACAUUGCAAAAAUCGGAGAAAUCGACAUUUUGGUUGCAGCAUUUGCAAUUUGUGGAGUUCUUAUUGGAAUUGGAAUUUACUUUUAUAUGUUUUCUAACAAUUUGAGUCCUGAGUAUUAUUUGCGAAUCUCCGUCAUUGCGUUUGUUGGAAGUACGACUUUUUCGGCUAUUAUUUGGGGCGGCCAAUCCACCGAAACCAUUAUAGCUGAAAUUAUUGCGACGGUAAGUCAAGUACGGUGGUAUAACUUUAAUCGAACCAACAAAAAACUCUAUUUAAUUUUCUUAACAAACAUGAUGAAAGAACGUAAAAUCAAAUUUACCGAAAAUUAUUCCAUUAAUUACCAACUCGGACUAGCAAUUGUCAGGGGGAUUUAUUCAGUUGCGUCCGUUGCUGUAAAAAUGCGCUCAUAA